AUGGGUUUAUUUGCGUCUAAGUUAUUUAGCAACCUUUUUGGUAACAAGGAAAUGCGUAUUCUUAUGGUCGGUCUUGACGGUGCUGGUAAGACCACCGUUUUAUACAAAUUGAAAUUAGGUGAAGUUAUUACUACUAUUCCUACCAUUGGUUUCAAUGUUGAAACUGUUCAAUACAAGAACAUUUCAUUCACCGUCUGGGAUGUUGGUGGACAAGACAGAAUCAGAUCAUUAUGGAGACACUAUUACAGAAACACUGAAGGUGUUAUUUUCGUUGUUGAUUCCAACGAUAGAUCUCGUAUUGGUGAAGCCAGAGAGGUCAUGCAAAGAAUGUUGAACGAAGAUGAAUUAAGAAACGCAGUCUGGUUAGUCUUUGCUAACAAGCAAGAUUUACCAGAAGCUAUGUCCGCUGCUGAAAUCACUGAAAAAUUAGGUUUACAUUCUAUCAAGAACAGACCAUGGUUCAUUCAAUCUACAUGUGCUACCUCUGGUGAAGGUUUAUAUGAAGGUUUAGAAUGGUUAAGUAACAACUUAAAGAACCAAUCAUAG